UGCCUCCUGGCCGCGCUGCUCUGCGCGGGGAUCCGCGGCGCCCGAGUUAACAAGCACAAACCAUGGAUCGAAACGACCUACCAUGGCAUAGUAACAGAAAACGACAACACAGUUCUGUUGGACCCCCCCUUAAUAGCGAUGGAUAAAGAUGCACCUCUCCGUUUUGCAGAGAGUUUUGAGGUGACAGUCACCAAAGAAGGUGAGAUUUGUGGAUUUAAAAUUCACGGGCAAAAUGUCCCCUUUGAAGCGGUGGUGGUGGAUAAAGCCACUGGCGAGGGAAUGGUCCGAUCCAAAGAGAAGCUGGACUGUGAGCUGCAGAAGGACUAUACGUUCACCAUCCAGGCCUACGACUGUGGGAAGGGACCGGAUGGAGCCAAUAUGAAAAAGUCCCACAAAGCGACGGUGCAUAUCCAGGUGAACGACGUCAACGAGUACGCCCCGGUGUUCAAGGAGAAGUCCUACAAAGCCACCGUGAUUGAAGGGAAGAGGUACGACAACAUCCUGAAAGUGGAAGCGGUGGACGCCGACUGUUCUCCCCAGUUCAGCCAGAUCUGCAGCUACGAAAUCGUGACUCCCGAUGUCCCCUUUGCUAUUGACAAAGACGGUUACAUAAAGAACACCGAGAAACUGAACUACGGGAAGGAGCACCAGUAUAAGCUCACCGUGACUGCCUACGAUUGCGGGAAGAAGAGGGCUGCUGAGGAUGUGCUCGUGAAAAUCAGCAUCAAGCCAACGUGCAAGCCGGGCUGGCAAGGCUGGAGCAAAAGAAUGGAAUAUGAACCUGGGACUGGCGCGCUCGCCCUCUUCCCCAAUAUCCACCUGGAGACCUGCGACGAGCCCAUCACGUCCGUGCAGGCGACUGUGGAGCUGGAGACAAACCACAUCGGGAAGGGAUGUGACCGGGACACUUACUCUGAGAAAUCUCUCCACAGGCUCUGUGGUGCUUCCUCCAGCACCGUGGAGCUGCUUCCUCCUCCGAGCACUGCGGCCAACUGGACAAUAGGGCUUCCCACGGACAACGGCCACGACAGCGACCUGGUCUUCGAGUUCAACGGCACCCAGGCAGUGAAGGUUCCAGACAGCGUGGUCACCAUCAACAUGAAAGAGCCGUUUGUCAUCUCUGUGUGGAUGAGACACGGGCCCGGGACCAAGGAGAAGGAGACCGUUCUCUGCAACUCGGACAAAACAGACAUGAACCGCCACCACUACUCCCUGUACGUGCACAACUGUCGGCUCGUGUUCCUCUUCCGCCAAGAUCCCUCCGAGGGGCAGAGCUACAAGCCAGCGGAGUUCCACUGGAAGCUGAACCAGGUGUGUGACAAGGAAUGGCAUCAUUAUGUCCUCAACGUGGAAUUCCCCGCGGUGACGCUCUACGUGGACGGCGUUUCCUUCGAUCCGUUCCCUGUGACCGAGGACUAUCCUCUUCAUCCGUCCAAAAUAGAAUCCCAGCUGGUGGUUGGCGCCUGUUGGCAAGAAUAUACAGGAAAUGAGAAUGACACAGAAAAAGCGACCGAGACUCCUGCAGGUGGUGAGCUCCGCCUGACCCAGUUCUUCCGAGGCAACCUGGCCGGCUUAAUGAUCCGCUCGGGCAAGCUGGACAACAAGAAAGUGAUCGACUGCCUUUACACCUGCAAAGAAGGGCUGGAAUUGCAGACAGCCGACGGCGGCGUCAGCAAAGGCCUCAAGGUCCACAUGAGCCCCAGCCAGUCAGUCCUGACCCUGGAAGGAGACGACAUCGACCGCUUCGACAAGGCCAUGCAGCAUGUUGCCUACCUGAACUCGCGCCAGUUCCCCACGCCCGGCAUCCGGAGGAUCAAGGUCACGAGCACAGUGAAGUGCUCCAGCGAGGAAGCCUGCAUCGCCGUGCCCUCCGUCGAGGGCUAUGUCAUGGUCCUGCAGCCUGAAGAGCCCAAGAUCAGCCUGAGUGGCAUCAACCACUUUGCCCGCUCGGCGUCGGAGUUCGAGAGCCCCGGAGGGGUCUCCCUCUUCCCCGAACUUCGCAUCAUCAGUACCAUCACGCGGGAGGUGGAGCCGGAGGGGGAUGAAGAUGAGGAUCCCACAGUCCAGGAAUCGCUUGUCUCUGAGGAGAUCAUGCACAAUCUGGAUACCUGCGAGGUCACUGUGCUUGGGGAUGAGCUCAGCCCGGAGCAGGAGAGCUUGGAGGUGGAUGUGGCUCGGCUGCAGCAGAAGGGGAUGGAGAUGAGCAAUUCCAACCUCGGCAUGAUCAUUACUGGGGUCGACACGAUGGCCAGUUACGAGGAGGUCUUGCACCUGAUCCGCUACCGCAACUGGUACGCUGUCUCGCUCUUCGACCGGAAGUUCAAGCUGGUCUGCUCGGAGCUCAACGGCCGUUACGUCAGCAACGAAUUUAAAGUGGAGGUGAACGUGAUCCACACCGCCAACCCCGUGGAUCACGCCAGCCACCUCGCCGCCCAGCAGCCCCAGUUCCUCCAGCCGGUCCACCACUCCUUUGUCGACCUCUCCGGCCACAACCUCGCCAGCCCGCACCCCGGGUUCUCAGUGGUCCCCAGCACCGCCACCGUCGUCAUCGUGGUCUGCGUGAGCUUCCUUGUGUUCAUGAUCAUCCUGGGAGUCUUCCGGAUCCGAGCCGCCCACCAGCGCACCAUGCGGGACCAGGAUUCCGGGAAGGAGAACGAGAUGGACUGGGAUGACUCCGCCUUGACCAUUACUGUCAACCCCAUGGAGACCUACGAGGACCAGCACAGCAGCGAGGAGGAGGAGGAAGAGGAGGAGGAGAGCGAGGAUGGCGAGGAGGAAGACGACAUCACGAGCGCCGAGUCGGAGAGCAGUGAGGAAGAGGAGGGCGAGCAGGAGGAAGACCAGCAGAACGCAAACAGGCAGCAGCAGCUGGAAUGGGACGACUCCACCCUGACCUACUGAUCCCCAGCCCUCUAGGGGCCGCCGCCGCCGCCCUCCAUUUUCUUUUGUCUGCUCUUCUGCCCUAGAAGACUCCCCUGCAACCCGCCCACCGCUCCUGAGGCCCCCUGGCACCAGCCGGCCACGUGGCCCAGCCGCCCCGUCCUGCUGUGUCCGUCUCCCUUUCUCUUUGGCCAGUCCCCUUAAAAAGCCCCACCUCUAGCAAGAGAGCAAGCCCUUCCCUCCCUCACCCGCCCCCCAGGGACCGGAUGGCAAAGAUCGUUUCGAAUCCUCGUUUUGCAAGGGACUGCCUUGUAUUCCGCUCCUGGGGUCCUUUCGCACAAGGGACGUGACCGCCCUGGCACACGCGACGGCCGACUCCUUGGCUUUAAUGUUAUUUUUGGCUGGGUGCUAUGCUUCUGCUGCGUUCUUGCUGCUCAUGCUUUCCUGGGGAAACCAUAAUGCCAAGACCAUUUGGUGACAAAGGGUUAACCGUUUCCUUUUUUUUAAUUUGGGGGGCUUUGGUGGGGGCGGCGAGGGUUUGUGGCUCCUUCCAUCCCUUGUGAAUCUUUUUAAGAUACUUUUUUUUUCUCCUCCCAAACUCUAGUGCAUGUGUAAAGUGGCAGAAUGAGGUUACUAUGUAGAAGAUUAACAGACUUUUUAAUAUUUGUAAAUAUAUUGGAAUUAUGUAAUUACGUCACUUGUGGUAGUGAAAACAGG